ACUUAAGUCUGCAUCAAAGUUUGUUGAAUCUGAAUGUCCAUUGCCCUGUCAUUUCAGAUACAUUGAUGCAUGAGUUUUCCAUAAAGUUGAACAUCAACUAAAGUAUUUAUUUCUUUCUUUUUUUAGGAUUUUUAUUUACUUUAUUACAAAAAAAUGGAAUCAGCUUCUUAAGUAAUGACACAAGCCCUAUGGUUUGGCCUUGUAUCCGUAAUUUGCUGCCCUCUUUACCCCAGCCACGUCUCCUCUGAGUCAUUCACGCUCCUUCACUCUCUAUUUAAUGUUUAGGGAUAUAUUUUUCGUUUUAACCAAAUAAAAAAGCGUUAUGGGCUUCUCUCCUUAUACCAAGCCCAUUAGUUAUCACCGUCUAACGAAUGGGCCUUCGUGCUUGAAUCCCACGCAGUCGACUGGAAGGUUCCACCUGGCGCCUUAACAGCUAAACCCUCUUCUCCAAGUAAAACCCUAAAAGAUAACGAAAUAACUAAAUAAAUUACAGAAACGAUCCUUAAAGUAUGCAAUCCUAUUGGAACACUCUUUAAACUUCGAUCUCUUCCCAGAUUCUGAAUUUGCACCAACACAAAAGUUAAGGUUUUUCUUUGUGAUGGAGACUUCAAGGAGGGGUUCAUGUCGGGCUGGAGACAGAGUCUUAGCUCCAGGGUUUAGGUUUCAUCCAACCGACGAGGAACUGGUUGUUUACUACCUCAAGAGAAAGAUCCGCCGCAAGAAACUGAGAGUCGCUGCAAUUGGCGAGACUGAUGUCUACAAGUUCGAUCCGGAGGAGCUGCCCGGCAAAGCAUUACAUAAUACUGGAGAUCGUCAGUGGUUCUUCUUCAGCCCGAGAGACAGGAAACAACAUGGAGGCAGGUCAAGCAGAGCAACUGACCGUGGAUACUGGAAAGCAACAGGGGUAGAUAGAAUCAUCAAGUGCAGUUCUCGUCCCGUUGGAGAGAAGAAGACCCUUGUUUUCCACAGAGGCAGGGCUCCCAAGGGCGAGAGGACUGACUGGGUCAUGCACGAGUACACACUCCACAAAGAGGAACUCGAGAAGUGCGGAGAUGUUAAGGAUAAUUAUGUUCUUUACAAGAUUUUUAAGAAGAGCGGGUCUGGUCCUAAGAACGGUGAGCAUUAUGGAGCUCCUUUCGUUGAAGAAGAGUGGGCUGAGGAGGAUGACGAGGUUGAUGAGGCUGAUGCAGUCCAUGUUCCUACAAAUCAGCUCAUGGUUUCAGCUUGUUUGGGAAGUAAUAAUAAUAUAUGGGCGGAUGGUGGGCUUAACCAGUCUGAGUUGAAUGAAAACGAUAUUCAAGAGCUGAUGAGACAGGUUAGCGAAGAGACUGGAGUGAACUCUCAUGUGGCAAAUAAUAAUCCGGUAAACUUGGCAGAAGAUGAGUAUUUGGAAAUUGACGAUCUUUUACUCCCUGGACCUGAACCAAGUUAUGUGGACAAAGAAGGGUCUGCUGUGCUGAAUGAUAAUGAUUUCUUUGAUGUUGAUUCAUACAUUGGUGAUUUUGAUGCCACGAAUCCUCAGUCAGAGCCUGUUGGUGUUGGUUUGAACAAUGGGGUUGUACAAAGUCUUCCAGUGAUUGACCAGGCGAAUAGCAACCAGUUCCAGCAGCAAACAUGGAAGAACCAAGAUAGCAACUGGCCGCUCCGUAACAGCUAUACCAGAAAGAUAAGUAGUGAAUCAUGGAGGGAUGAUGAAGUUACUGUUUGCCGAUAUGGUGAGGCCCCUGGUACAGUUGAUGCAUCUGAGCUCAUAAACCCUAUUACUUCUGGUAUAAGUAUAACCAAGGGAGAAGAAGCCACAAAAGACGAGUCAAGUCAGUUUUCUUCUAGCGUAUGGUCUUUCCUGGAGUCGAUUCCUGCGAGUCCAGCAUUUGCUUCAGAGAAUCCAAUCGUUAACCUCAACAUAGUCAGGAUAUCAAGCCUCGGUGGCCGCUACCGGUUUGGUUCUAAAAGCACAAGUAGCAAUGUUGUUAUAGCAGUUAACGAUUCAGAAGCAAAGAGGAACAAGUCUGGAGGAAACAACAAGAAGAACAACCACAAGGGUUUCUUCUGCUUAUCGAUCAUUGGAGCUCUGUGUGCUUUAUCUUGGGUCAUGAUGGGAGUUUCAGGAAGGUCUUUGUUGUGGUGAGAACCCUAAAGCCAAAGACUACGAAGAAAGGCUCAGAGUCCAAGUUUCGUGCGAACAGUCAAAUCUUUGUAAUUGUUUUAUUAGCUUUUAAAUUCAUAAACUGUUAAGGAACGGUUUGUUGUUUUUGUUUCGAACUUCACUGCAUAACAAAGCUUUAAACCAUUGUUUACUAGUAAACCAAAAAAAACUUCAACC